CAGUGGAAGUGGGCGGAGUUGUCCUCGUCACUGACUAUGUGCUUAUUAACGUCCCCGUGUGUGUUUGUUACUUUUUAAUAGUUCGACGUCUUCUAAUAAGAAGCUCAGGAUCUCCGUGAAUCGACGUGAAAACACGGUGUGAGAAGAUGAGGCUCCAGCUUGUUUUGUGCCUCUGCUUGUGGAUACCUGUUGCUCAGUCGUUUGGAGUUCAUGCACCAGAAGAUCAAGAUGGAUCAGGAGAUGAUGAGUUCUCUGGGUCAGGGUCAGGAUCAGGAGAUUUUGAAAUCUGGUUCUCUGAACCUGAAGUGACAUACCAAGCAAAUCCUAACACUACAAAGACACCCUGGAUCACAGAUGCCCCUGUUAAUCUUCCAGAACAUUCAGUUACCCCGUUUGUCAAUCCUGACACUGAGACUGAAACAUCUGACCAUGUCUCUGAAGCUCUUUUGCCACACACCACCCAAAUCAUGGAGACUCAACCAUCUCUGUUCAUCAGCAAAUCAUUUGGCUCAGUGGAAGAUCAGAAAGGUGAGACCACAGCAAUCAGCACUGUGGCACCACAGCCAGAGACCACUGUACCUCCGGCUGUGAAAGUACCAGUGGUACCUACGCAAGAGGACGAAUACACGACUGCAGCCAAAGAGGAGGAGGACACCACAGAAUCCUCCGUCACCGAACAAGAGAUAGAAGAAACCACAGUUGUUGAAUCUGUGUCUGUGACGACUGCACCACCUGAUAUGGAGACCACACCACUCCUUCUGAGCACAGCAUCACCUAGUGAUUUAGCUGAUACUGAAGCUUCGGGUGAUUCUGUUGAAGUCACUACUGUUCAAGGCAUUGGUGAAGAUUUUAGUGAAACUAACAUAAUUCCAGAGGACCGUGAACAUGUGGGGAAACCAAGAUUGAAUGAUCAUGACUUUGAAUUCGAAAAUGAAAUCCAGACGGUAUUAAACUCAGACGUUUCUGGGUCUGGGUCUGAUUUUGCUCGAGGCAGUGCUUCCGACAACGAUAGCUUACUGGAAAGGAAAGAGGUCCUUGCAGGUGUCAUUGCGGGAGGUGUGGUGGGCUUGGCUUUUGCCAUCAUGCUUGUUGCUCUCAUGGUGUACCGCAUGAAGAAGAAGGAUGAGGGAAGUUAUUCACUAGACGAGCACAAACAUCCCAAUGGAGGCUACCAGAAACCACAGAAACAGGAAGAGUUUCUGGCAUAAAGACUCCUUUAAACGUACUAUCUCUGUCUCUCUUUAUUCUGUGCUUGACUGCCACUUCUCAACUCGUCAGAUUCCUAUCCUUGGUGACCCAUUUUUUGUUUUGGUUUUAUAUCCACGUUGGAUUCGCAAUACAUCGGAUUUGUGCCAGAAACGGUUAGUUGAUCUUCAGGAAAGGUUCACUUGUGUUUUCUGUGGGUUUUUUCCUGCUACUAAAGGAUUAUCACACUGUGGAUUGAGACUGUUCUCAUGAGCCCUAGUUAUGAGUUACAGACUGCGGAUUUUUUUUUUGUAUAAAUGUAUUAAAAAAAGGGUUCUGCUUUCUGCCAGUGCUGUGAAACCACAGUAAACAUGAACCCAGCUUCUCAUUUCCAAUGUGCCUUAUUUCCUGUUCCAGCAAACUGAAGUGCACACUGUGCAGCAGCGAGAGAGCUCACCUCCUCCAGUUGUUUGUUGCUGUGGUAACAGAUAGUUGCCAUAGGGACAGAAAACAUGGAUUGCACUUUUGACAUGCAAACAUUUACAAUCACUGUUUGCUUGGAACUGUUAAUGUUUCUGCUUGGCCUGGACAUGCUUACUUUCACUCGUUGAAAACAACUUUCACUUGUUGUUUUAUCACGCGUGUUGAAGGAGAGGUGCUUCACCGUGACGAGUGGGAUUCCAUUCAAUUUCCUCCUUUUUUUGUACUUGCUCUGAAGAUGGCGUGCAAGAACCAGCCAUGCAAAAUUGGUAUUGGGGAAACUGUAUAAAUAAUUGUUGAUGGGAUGUGACUGUAUUACACAAUAUUGCUCUAUUUUCUGGAAAGCUAAAUGUGUUGUGACAUUCUGUGUCCCCUGAAUUCUCAAAUAUACUGUAUGAAAUUUUACAAGUGCAGUCUUUUCUUUGUGACUCCAGCUCUUUGUACAUAUGCUAGUGGACCAAAUCUACAGAUUGAAUACCUUUUCCGAGAUAGAUGGCUAAUGUAUAUUACCAGGUCAUAUGAGGCCUACUUGUAUAAGUGCAUACAUGCUUCUCUGUUUUUAGUUAUCACUUGUAUUAAAGGACUUCUCGGCUGCGACAAGCUUUCUGAAAGGCAUCAUAAUGCAACUUAUUUGCUCAUGUUCACCCCUAACUCUGCCUAAACAAUAGUUCUGAAAGAAACGUUAUAUUGGCUUCCUGGACAAUACCAAGCUUUGUGCAUUAAAUCAGUUUUCUAAAUGAUGUCAUUAAAUAAGAAAAUAUUUUAUUAAACCUGUUCCUUUGUGUAAAUGCUAAUCUUACUUGCCAUGGAUUUAGCUGCUUAUAAUGGCCGAGCAGAGUAAAGACGUAUUACUACUAAAGUUUCAUGCUCUGUGUGUAUUACUGAACCUGCGCGUGCCAUGUGAUCUGUACAGCUUUCUUUUGUUUUCACCUUUUUAAGUUGUUAGUAUUUUUUAUUUUUUUUUUUUUAUUUUACAAAUGGACAAAUGUGUUUUGAUUCUUUGGGUACCAUAUUCCAGGCUUCAGGUUAGCUCACCUAUUUGUCCAUAAUGGAAUUUUUGAAAGAGGAAGUGGCAAAAGUGUGUGUGAAAGUACACUUGCGGUAGAGUGAACCGCUUGUGCCUUCGCAGAAUGGCUGGCCACGCCUCAGAGAGAGCUACCUUUGUGUUUUGUUGCUGUGCAAAAGAAAAUUAGACCUACUUAUGUCAUAGUUUGUACAAAUCUCUCUAUUUAUUAUUCACAGUUGUUUUCUAUGUUUAAUAAAAGGGAGUCCAUUUUCA